CUUUUACUCUGUGGUCAGUAUUUUUGUGGAAUUCGUUUGAGUGCGUCGUGUUUUCUGUUUUUAUUUUAUUUGUGAUUAAUUUUCCGCAAACACUUCUAGUUGACUUUGUGUUUGUCCUCUGAUGUUACUGUAGUGCCUGCACAACAACGCAGCCAAGAUGCCGGUCUUCCAUACGAAGAUCAUCGAGAGUAUUUUGGAGCCAGUUGCUCAACAGGUGUCCCGGCUGGUGAUCCUGCACGAGGAGGCGGAGGAUGGCAACGCCAUGCCCGAGCUGGCGCGGCCCGUGCAGGCGGUGGCGCUCGCCGUCAACAACCUCGUCAAGGUGGGCCACGAGACGAUCGAGUCGUCGGACGACGCGACGCUCCGCAACGACAUGCCGCCGGCGCUGCGGCGCGUGGAGACGGCGUCGUCGCAGCUGCAGCAGGCGUCCGACAUGCUGCGGGCCGACCCGUACUCCGGCCCCGCCAGGAAGAAGCUGAUCGAGGGUUCUCGCGGCAUCCUGCAGGGGACAUCGGCUCUCCUCCUCUGCUUCGACGAGUCGGAGGUCAGGAAGAUUGUGAAGGAAUGCAAGAAGGUGCUGGACUACCUGGGAGUGGCUGAGGUGAUCGACACGAUGGAGGAUCUGGUGCAGUUCCUGCGAGACAUCUCCCCGGCCCUCUCCCGCGCCGCUAGAGAGGUGGCAGCUCGAGCCUCGGAGCUGACGCACGUUCCUCACGCGGACACGCUGGCGCGCUGCCUCGACAGCGUGAAGCAGCUGGCGCCCGUGCUGAUCUGCGCCAUGAAGAUGUACAUACACACCCUGCAGGAAGGUGGCAAGGGCGUGGAGGACGCUGCUGAGAACAGGAACUACCUCGCGCAGAGAAUGGCCGACGAGAUACACGAGAUCAUCCGGGUGCUACAACUGACGUCGUACAUCGAGGACGGCGGCGAGAAGGACAACGUGGCCGUGCUGCGCGCGCUGCAGGCGCAGAUCCACGGCAAGAUGGCCGCCGCGCACGAGUUCCUUAACGACCCAGAAGCCCUCCGCAACUCCGCCGGCGACCGCGCUCUCCGCUCCAUCCUGACAGCGUGCGCGGGGGCCGGGGGGCUGCUGCCCGCCGCCGGGGACCGCGCGCGCCGCGCCGCCCCCCGCCACGCCGCGCUGGCUGAUCUGCGGGCCCAGCGGCAAGGGAACGGAGCCCCGGCGCAGGCGCUAUGCGCAGACCUCCGUGCCGACCUCAACGAGCUGGACGCCAUCGUGACGGAGGGCAUCCGCCACGCGGAGAAGCAGGGCGGCCGCACCGUGCAGGGCCGUCUGGAGACGGCUCACAAGUGGCUGGUGCACCCGGCGUGUGACCCAGCAACGCGAGUCGAGGGGCAGAGGGCUAUCACCAGCAUCGUGGCGCAGGCGCAGAGGAUAGCCGAUGGCUUACAAGGCCGGGAGAAGGCAGAGAUACUUCAGCUUUGUUCCGAAGUGCAGAAGAUGUCUGACAAUCUGGCAGAUUUGUGUAUGAGCGGACAGGGAGAUACGGAGGAGGCUAGGAAUAUUACCAGACAACUGACGGACAAGCUGCACGAGCUCAAGCGAGCGAUGGAGCGCGCCGUGGUGAACCGCGUCGUGGAAGACUUCAUCGAUGUCGCGGCGCCACUGAGGCAUUUUAUAGAUGCUGUUAAUACUCCUGAGGGUACAAUAGGGCGUGAAGCGAACUUCAACGACAAGGCGGCGGCUCUAAAGGCGUUUUCCCACCGCGCGGCGACCACCGCGCACAUGGUGGCCGCCGCCGCCGACAACAAGCGCCUCGCCGACAGACUCGCGCACACCGCCACGCAGGUGGAGAAACUGGCGCCGCAACUUAUCGCAGCUGGCAAGAUCCGCUUCAACUACCCAGACAGCAAGGUGGCCGAGGAGCAUCUGAACAACCUCAAGACUCAGUACGCGGAGUGCGUACUCCGGGCUCGCGACCUGUGCGACCAGGCGCUCGACCCGCUCGAGUUCGUCAACACUGCCGGAGAGUUGAUGCAGAAGCACACGUACCUGUGUGAGGACGCGAUCCGACAGAACGACUCGCAGAAAAUGGUCGACAACACCUCCGCUAUUGCCAGGCUGGCCAACCGCGUGUUGUUAGUAGGAGGCAGUGAGCGAGACAACACCGAAGAUGGACAUCUAGCCCGCAGCCUCACAGCCGCCCUGGAAAGACUGCAGGGCUCGAUAGCGCCGGCGGUGCAGCGCGCCAAGCGAGUGGCGCUCGGGGACCUGUCGCAGGCGCCCGACUGGAGGCACGCCAACAACGAGAUCCUGCAAUCAGCCCGCGAAGUAGAGGGCGUGUUAAGCGCGCACUACCGCCCCGCGCCGCGCACGCCGCCGCCGCCGCCGCUGCCGCCCGUCACACAGAUACAUGCCUCGCAACAGCAAGCGCCACCGCGGCCGCCGCCCCCCGCGUCGGCGCCCCCGCGCCCCCCGCUCCCCGCCGACACGGAUGAUGAAGGAGAGGAUAUAUUCAGCCGGCAGCCGCACCCCAGCCAGCCUAUACUGGUGGCAGCGCACAACCUGCACAAGGCUGUCCGCGAGUGGUCCUCCAAGGACAACGAGAUCAUCGCGGCCGCCAAGCGCAUGGCCAUACUGAUGGCGCGGCUUUCCGAGCUGGUCAGACAGGACUCUAAGGGCAGCAAGCGCGAGCUGAUCGCCACGGCGAAGGCCAUCGCGGAGGCGUCCGAGGAGGUGACGCGCCUCGCCAAGAAACUGGCGCUCGAGUGCACCGACAAGAGAAUACGCACCAAUCUUCUGCAAGUGUGCGAACGAAUUCCGACCAUCGGCACUCAGCUCAAGAUUCUGUCCACCGUCAAAGCCACCAUGCUGGGCGCUCAAGGUAGCGAGGAGGACCAGGAAGCCACGGAGAUGCUCGUCGGAAACGCACAGAACCUCAUGCAGAGCGUGAAGGAGACAGUGAAAGCCGCGGAGGGCGCCUCGAUCAAGAUCCGCACGGAGCAGGGCGGCUACAAGCUGCGCUGGGUGCGUCGCUCGCCUUGGUACCAAAUGUAGACGGGAGCAAGUGUGUGUGUGGUACCAUUGUGGUACCAGAUGUACACUGGACUACGCCUGCGUGGUACCAGAUAUAGACAAGUACGUGUAUCGUAUACUAGUAGUAGUAUGAGAUAACCACCACGGCGAUGAAUUAUUUUAAUACACUUUUGCUUCCACCUUCGCUGUAUAGUGGAAAAAAAACUUAACCAAUAUCUUAAAACGUGAGCGAAAGGUUUUUAGUUGAGAGAAAAUGACUGGAUAGCACAAGCUAACAACAUUGCUACCGUCAUUUUUUUAUACUAUUCGGGCUGUAGGAUGGUGUGGUUACAUCUGUCAGCAAGGAAUAACUUUUUCCUAUCUCCCCAUCGUAUACCGCAGAAGCAGUUUUAAUUUUUACCUUACCAAGCGUCAUUAAUUUUAUGUAUUUUACAACGAAUAUGUUUAUGUAAAGAAUUUUAUACUGCUUUAUGUAAAAUUUAUUAUUAUUUUUAUCUACAAUUUCGUAAUAUGAAAAUCUAAAUGGUUUCUCAUUUUAAUGUAAACUUAUUUACGUGGAUAUCGUUAUACGAAAGUAUUUCUAACAUUUUGAUGUGUGAAGUGGUAAAUUUUAUUCAUUUUGAUUAAAGUGAAGAUAAAUGUGUGAUGAGUAUAAAUGCAGUGCCAUUGAUUAGUGCUUUAUAUUAUAUUAUAUAUUCUGAACAAUUAUGUAAGCAUUCGUUGUCUUAGAUAUAAAGCAUAAUAAUAACUCACUUUAUAAUCAUAGUAUACCUGUGAAUCGUGAAUUAGGCAAUAAAUAACACCUAUAUGUAGUGUCAAAUUAUAUAUUAUACAAUCUUAUAAUGUAUUAUAAAAUGAAUACCUAUGUAGUGUGUCUAUAAUAUAUUUUUAUAGAAAGAAGCAAAUAUAACUAUUUUUCAAAGUGAAAAGGUGAUAGCUAAUAAUUAUGAAUGCAAAGUAGAUCGUAAUAUACAUUAGUAUUCAAAUAGUAUCAUGUAUGUAUCUAUAACAUUGCUUUGUGUAUGUGUAACUUACAUAAUUUAAUUAUUUUAUGUACCAUCAACUAAUGUAGGUGUAAAUAAAAUUAGUCUUCUAAGUUCACACACAAUACAUACAUGUGAAUAAUAAUAAUUGUUUAUAUGAAGACUGGAAAAACUGUGCCUCCCUGUUUUCAGAACUUACUUUAACUAGACAACUGCAACUUAUACAGGGUGUUGCAAAAAGGGUAUAUUAAGCCGAAACCUACAUGUGCAUCAUGGUAUAUCUAAGUCCGAAACUGAAAUCAGAAUUUCAAAAUUCGCGUAAAAAAAAGUCAUUCUACAUAAUAAAAACUCACGUGACCAGCAAAGUUUCUAUGGAAAAAUGUUUUUUUUCGCGAACCCUUCAAAUAUCCUUUUUGCGACACCUGUAUAAGUUGCAGCAAAAGUGGAAAACCAAGUCGAAAGGGGGUGAUGCAGGAAUACAUCUUGAACAACUGUUGUUGAACUACUACCACUUUUGCAACAAAGUGUACCUAUAACGUGUUCCCAUAUGAAUUUACUCACAAUAGUGCCCUUACAAUUUGUGAUAGUAUUAUACAUUUAGAAUAGGCUACAGUUCUUCUCAUGUAUGUAUUGUGUUUAUAAAUAAGGUAUUUAUGUUAUUUAAGAUAUGUAUUGUUUAGUGCCAAUUUCUCCAUUGUCGGUUAUCUAACCGUCAGGGAUUGAUUUAUAAAUUAAACGUCAUCUUCAUAUAAAAUUCAUGACAGAUGUGUCAAAAGUUAACCACUACUCCCUGGUUAUGCUCUAACCGAGAAUGGAGAAAUUGGCACUUACUACUCUAGUUAUUUUAAUCACGUUUAAGAAACUUUCACCAUAUGCCUAGUUUAGAAAUAAAACAAAAAAUGUCGCAGGCCCACUAGCUGACGUUACCGAAACUCUCGCUUAAUCCGGGAUUAAGUUUAAAAAUAUUACCUUCAUGUAUUAAUUUGUUGCAGUGGGUAUUUAAAUUUGAGUUUAGAUUAGUUGAUCGUGUACUUUAUAACCAGUUAAUUCUAAAGUCAAUAUUUUUGUGUAAGUCGGCAGAUAGUAAUAGUAUAUUUAAAUAUGUGGUUUAUUAAUUGAAUAUACUAAAUUAAGUAGGUACUUUGUAUUGUACCUACAAUACCUUGCCUUCUCUAAAAUCACAUGAAAGUAACAGUUUCAAUGUAUUUUAAUGCUUAUUAUAUUAUUUUAAAAAUCUUUCUCAUUUAUGUUGUUAAUUUAGUUCUAUGCUAUCGAUUUAUUUAUUCUAAUAAAUUCUUUUUUUU